AUGCCGCGCGGGAAGGAACAGUACGACGAUGACGAUUGGGACGACGGAUACGACGAUGAUGACUAUGACGAGGACGAGGACGACUAUGACGAGUACGAGGAGGCAGGCCGGCUGCAGGCGAAAUCCCAGAAAGGUGGAAAGCAACAACCGCAACCGGCGAAGCAACCACAAGCGAAGCAGCCACAAGCGAAGCAAUCAGCUCAGCAGAAAUCGCAGCAGAAGCAGCCGGGGGGAAAGGCUGGAUCCAAGUCACCCGCUACUACCCCGAGCAAAGCGGAAAACCCUCCCACUGACGCCCCAGUUUCUGGGGGGUCCGCCGCCAAGGGCGGAUCCGCAGCGACCGGCGGCGGCGCCGGUGGAACAUGGAGGUGCGCGGCUUGCACGUUCGACAACCCGCCGCUCUUCCUCGCGUGCGACGUCUGCAGUGCCGCCAAACCCGCUCAACAAGGUAUGCCAUGGCUGGUGCACAUUCCGAAAUCCACCCGCUCUUCCUUUCAUGCGACGUGUGUAGCGCCGCCAGACCAGCCGUUGAUGCUGCUGCGGAACAAGGUGUCACCUCUGGGUGCAAGCCUUGCUGCCCCUGCCCCGCGCUGCCGGCGCAAGCAGGGGCAUGGGAGGGUGAGCAGGGGGAGUGCGGAGGCGGGGAGGGGUGCGUGUGUGCUGCUGCAGCAGUCCUCUGAGGGACAGAAGCCACUUGGCGUGCUCCCAUUGGCCCGAGUGCCUUGGGUGCUGAAAGCGGCAGGGGAGAUGAGAAUAGAGCCGUUUGAUUUCUCCACUCCUUCACCUGAUGAUGCCAUCCAAUCCGCCCUGAAAGGAGGACACGUGGCACCACGUGCUGUUGCCACGUCAGCAGCCGUGCCAGCUUCCUCGGCUGCAACCGCAGCAGUGAAGAACGCCAACAGCAGCAGCCGUGCAUCCAGCUCAGCAUCCCCUGCUGCUGACGUGGCAGCUGGCGUUGGGAAAAUGCAGAUCGCAGAAGGAAGCAAGAAGGAAGCUUCGCCCAGUGCUUCUAGAGCUGGCACAACCGUUACAACCGCUACAGCUGCCACAGCCGCUGCAGUUGGAGGAGAGGGAGGAGGGGAGGGCAAGGGAGGGGAGGGCAAGGGAGGGGAGGAUGAGGAGGCGAGGAGACGGAGGGCUCUAGAGGCGUAUGAGGCAGAAGGGUGGAUUAAAGAAGGGAUGGAAGGAGGAGAUGGGAAGCCGACUCUGCACCUCAUUGUGCUGGGUCAUGUGGAUGUGGGCAAGUCGACCAUCAUGGGCCACUUGCUGCACAAGCUGGGGCGGCUGGGUCACGUGGAUGCGGGGAAAUCGACCAUAAUGGGCCACCUGUUGCACAAGCUGGGGCGAGUGAGCAACAAGGAGAUGCAUCGAGUGCAGAGGGACGCUGCCAACCAGGGCAAGGGGUCGUUUGCAUUCGCGUGGGUGCUGGAUGAGAGCAGCGAGGAGCGCGCCAGGGGAGUCACCAUGUCCGUGGCCAUGUCGAGAUUCGAGACGCCAAAGUGA